GUAAGCCAGUAACCAGAAUUAUGGAGUGAUCGACCCCGUUGCGUGCGUGGUUGCGUGGAUGAGAGAGGGGUUAACAAACUAGUUUCUGCGGAGUACUCGCUGAUUAAUUAGGUUGGGCUAGCUAUUACGUACUUAUGGAACCUCAAUGGUGGGUAGAUUGGAGAGGGAAUGCUGUGGACGGCAGGAAGCAUGGAGGCAUCAAGGCAACUCUCUUUCUCUACGUUUUGGCUGUGCUGCGAAGCUGCCCUAGCAGCGCAAACCUCACCAUUGUGGCCUAUUUCCAUCGGAUAAUGCAUCUGGAUAUUGUGACCUCGUCAUCUGCGAUCACCUAUCUGGUCGGCUUCGUGUCGUUCUUUGCUGUCCUGAUGAACUUCAUCUCGGGUGCAUAUAUCCAGCGAACCACUGCUAUAUUUGUAUUUGGCCCCCUUGCGGUCCUGGGCUAUAUGUUAUUAGCAUUGCAGGCACACCUGCCUUCACUACAUCCUCCGGACUGUGAGAUAAUAAAAGAACCAAACAACUGUGAGACAACUGAAGGUUGGAACCUAACACUGCUCUUAUUGAGCUUAUUAAUGUUUGCCGUUGGAGAGGGCUGCAUGAAUGCUUGCAUACCAUUCCUCGGUGGAGAUCAGUUCAACAAUGAUGAUCCGAACGAAACACAGCUCAAGGGCAUGUUCCUGAGCUGGCUCAAGUUUGCAAAUUCCCUUGGAGCACUCAUCGGUUUGAUAUUCUUAGUUUGGAUCGAGAACAAUGUGGGCUGGACCAUUGGUUUUGCGAUAUCUGCAGUUUUGGUACUUGUAGGGCUGUUUGUGGCAGCCAGUGGACUGCCUUUCUAUAGAACAAAGAAGCCUAAUGGAAGUCCUCGAAAGAGAAUAUUGCAGGUUCUUGUCAGUUCAUCAAAGAAGAGGCAGGCUGCUACCGUGGAUGUUAUCGAGCUGCAAGAGAUUGGAGCAGCAGAUUGUAUUGAUGGGGAAGAUAAACCCAACAGUGAGAUCACUGGCACCACUGAAGUCGACGAGUUAACAAAGGCCAUCAUCCGAAUGCUUCCAAUCUUCAUCAGCUGCUUGCUCAUCUACCUGCCCUUCACGCUGCUAAGGACACUGACCAUACAAGUCGGCAGCACGAUGGACAAAGGGAUAGGCACGAUCCAGAUAUCCUCGGCCUCUCUCAUUGCAAUCCCAACAGCAUUUCACAUGUUUAUGCAACCAUGCUACAAGUGGAUAUUGACGCCACUGCUAAAGAGAUUCACAGGUCACACACACGCAAUCACCCCACUGCAGAGUAUUGGUGCUGCCUCCGCAUGCGGGAUAGCAGCAGCAUGCCUUGCCACAUUAGUGGAGACAAGAAGACUGACAGUCGCAGAACAGCAUGGGCUAUCAUCGACAGGAGCAGCUGUCCCAAUGUCCGUUUUGUGGCUGGUAAUGCAAUUCUUCCUUCUAAGCAUCAUGGAUGCAGCAUCGUUCACUGGACUGAUUGAGUUCAUAAAGAAUGAGUCAUCUCCAGAAAUGAAGCUGAUAGCACCGGCAGUGCAAUCCAUUCUUGCUGGAAUAGCAGCCUGGUUGGCAUGUGCUUUCAUACAUCUAGUGAACAGGGCGACAAAGUAUGGAAACAACGGAAGAGGUUGGUUGGAUGGAGCAAACUUUAACAGGGCACGCCUUGAUCGUUUCUUCUUGUUACUUGCAGCCUUCGAACUAGUGGCACUGAUCAACUAUGCUUUCUGGGCAAGGAGAUAUGCCAACAAGCAACGGAGCAGUGCUGUUGGAUUAGUCGAGACAGAUCAGGAAACUAGAUAGCCAAACAGUGUGAGAUAUAUCGAUGAUAGGUUAGGUCAUGGAGACCAAAGAAUUUUGAUGAAUUCGCCUUAGAUAGUCUAUCUAUGUUAUGCAGAUUUGUAACAUAGAAAUACUACAAUAUUCAUGAAUUA